CGUUGGACUCAGCCGCUCGCUCCGCCCCGGCCCCGCCUUGCGGGGGAGGGGGCGGGCACAGGGCGGCGGCCGCCGGUUCAAACGCGGCCAGGCGGGCUCUGAGCGCGGGACUGGCGGGCGAGUCUGUUCCCCCCUGCGAGUUCCUACCAUGUGCUUACUUUAUGUGAUUAGAAGUCCAAAGAUUGAGUGCUGGGCAAAAUGUCUUUACUGAGUACUGGACAAAUGAAGAGAAAAUGGGAAGAAAGACUGAAGAAUGUUGAUGAACUAGCAUCUCGAUAUAAAAGAAAGCCACUUUGCCCUGUUUACAGGCCACAGCUGUCCAAACCAUGGCAACCGUGCUCUGUUUGGAAUCUAUUUCGUCGACAAGCUCAAGCUUUUAACUAUGCAAAAACCUGUAAGGAGGAUGUUCAUGUAUUUGCUUUGGAAAUGAACACAGAAGAUGGACAAAGGUAUUAUCUUGUGACAACAUAUACAGAGUUUUGGUUUUAUUACAACAAAAAACAGAAAACAAGUCUUAUGCAUUGCUAUGAAGUUAUUCCUGAAAAAGCUGUUUGCAAACUGUAUUUUGAUUUGGAGUUCUAUAAACCAGUGAAUCCUGAAGCUGAUGGCAAAAAGAUGAUUGCAGAGUUAAUUGAGCUUGUUAGUAAAAAACUGGAAGAACUUUAUGGAGUUAAAUGUUCAGUUGAAGAUGUCUUGAACUUAGAUUCCAGCACUGAUGAAAAAUUUAGCCAUCACUUAAUAUUUCUGCUUUACAAGACAGCAUUUAAGGAUAAUAUUCAUGUUGGUAAUUUUGUUAAAACAGUUUUGCAACCUGCUCUUGUUUUAACUGAAAAUAAAGCUGAUGCUCUGAUUCUAGAAGAAGGGGCGGAUAGUGUUGCUUCCCAGUCUUCCAAAGCAACAGUUGAAAUAGAUGGUACUGUUGUAAACCUUGGUGCAGCGAAGGAGGCUUCUGGGAAAUGGCAAUCUAAUAUGCACAAAACGCUGGAAAAUGGAAAACUGCAACAGAAGGAAAAUUCCGAUCUUUCCUUUCUAGUUGUGGAUGAUAAGGAGGGAGGCAAGCAACUUGUCGUCGAUCUGGGAGUUUAUACAAAGAAUAGAAAUUUCCGGCUGUAUAAGUCAUCAAAAGCAGGAAAGCAUGCGACUUUGAAAAUAGCUGAAGAUAACAAGUUUGUUCCUAAACCCCAAAAGAAUAUUUUUAUUGAGGAGCAAUAUUUCCUUUCCUCUUUGGUCUGUAAUGUUAGGUUCUCAGAAAUUGAAAGAGCCCUAACUUGUGACAACCCAGCAGGGAAGGAAAAAAUGCCUAAACAAACAGACAGGAGAGUUGCCAGUAGCACUUCAGAUCCCAUAGAAGGAUAUCAAUAUUCACCCUAUCCAGAAAUUGAUUGUUUUGUCCUUUCUUUAGUUAAUAAAGAGGAUAAUCAUGGAGGGAUACGACGAUGGAAUUAUUUUUCCUUGGAAGAACUCCUUGUUUAUGACAUAUCCAGAUAUCGCUGGUGUAAAAAUAUUGGAAGAGCCCACAAAAGUAACAAUAUAAUGAUUCUGGUAGAUCUAAAAAAAGAAAUUUACUAUCAAAAAUGUUAUGACCCUGUGUGCAGAGCUAAAAACUUCAAAUCAGAAAGUAUUCCAUUACCCCCUGAGAUAUGCCUCCCUUUUCUUUUCAAAGAGGAAGAAUAUGCACUUUUUAUGGAUGAGUGGGGGAACAUAGAAGAAAAAGAAAAAUCACCUAACUUUACAGACUUCUCAGAAAGGACAUCAUUAAGGAUACAUCAAGAAAAUAAGGAGUCUCCUGACAAGCUCUGUUCAAACACAGAAUGGGACAAUGUGACUGAUGAUGCCUAUUUUCUGGAAGCUAUUGAAGAUGCUGAACUUGCAGAAGCUGCAGACAACAAUCUGACCAAGCAGAACUGUGACCUGGAAGAAAUACCUGACGAGCUGCUCAUAGAGGUUUUAAGAAAACAAGAAGUUUGUGGUAACAAGGCAUACAACUAGCUAUCAGCUAAGGUCAGCUGUUUAGAUUAAUUAAGAUAUAGUUUAUUUAGCCAAAAGAAACUGAUUAACCAUGUAAAUGUCAUUAACAUAUAAACCCAAUGUACAAAAACACAGCUAAUGGCAAGUUUACUAUGCACUUUCAUAUAAAGAGAGGAUUCUGGCAUGGUUCUAAGAGGAUACAACCUUUAAUUUUUUGCUUUAAAUUCUAGCUUAGUCAAUGGUGGUACAUUGGUACUGCAGUGGUACAUAUGGCACAAAAGCCAUCCUCUCUUUGCAGAGGCCAAGGACUGAAUAGCUACAGAAACUCAACUAUCCUUUCACCCCUAGAGUAGCUGCUGCUGCUAGACAGGAAAGAAGCACCAGGGAAGACCCAAGUAGAUCAGUUUACCCUAGCGGUACCUGUGUUGUGCAAUGUUCUAAAGCUAGACACAGGCUAUCAAGCUGGUACUUCUCAGGAGCACUAAAUUCAAAAUUUAAAAAGAUGCGAAGUAGACAGUGUUAACACACUCAAAAGACUUCAUGGACAAUGAUUCAGGUAUAAUUCACUUACUGAGGGAUGAAGUGUGGUUAAAACAUGUUUCUUCCCAUAUGUCCAAAUGUUUAGGAUUUUGCCUACAGUCCGUACUAUACUUUACAAAGGGCAGGCAGGCUCUCUUACCUAUAAGUGAGCCUGCCAAAAGUUUGUAUCUAAAGUAUGGAUUUACCUUUUGAGAAUUUCAUUAUGCUCACCACCUUCUUCUGUAUGACUUGUUAUAACUAAGCUGUUUUUAAAUCUCCACGUACUAGUAUUAGAAAUAUUUUAUUCAAUACUCAUAAUGGUGCAAUAAUUUAUGGAAGCCACUGCUAAGAAUUGAGACAUGUCUAUUUGUAAGUUGCCUGUUACAAGCCUAUCUUUGCUACUUUAGUUGGAAUUACAACUGAUUUAGUGAAAAACCUGUUAUUGCUCAUUCUAAAGAAAAUGUCUACUCGUCACUUUGGUAUUUCCAAAUGAUUACUCUGGUAAUCCAAUAAUAAAAUCCUAUUAAUUUUAAA